UUCCUGAGACCCAAGAACAUAUUUGUUCCAAAUAUCUUUUUAGGUAACCCCAAAGGAGCAUUGCUAACCCAUGCAAAUGUUGUUGCAAAUGCUGCUGCUUUCCUGAUGAUCAUGGAAAAUACUGCUGCUUGUGAGACAUCCGAUAUAUCCAUAUCGUACCUUCCUCUAGCUCAUAUGUUUGAGAGAAUAGUGCAGUCUAUAAUGUACAGCUCUGGAGCAAGAGUGGGAUUCUUCCAAGGUGAUAUUAAACUUCUUACAGAUGACAUGAAAGCACUGAAGCCAACAGUAUUUCCAGUAGUACCCAGGCUGCUCAAUAGGAUCUAUGACAAGAUUCAAAGUGGUGCCCAAACGAGAUUUAAGGAAGUGUUGCUAAAUGUUGCUGUUGGUAGAAAGAUGGCUGAACUGAAACAGGGCAUUGUCCGAAACACUAGCAUGUGGGACAAGCUAGUGUUCAACAAAGUUCAGAAAACCACAGGUGGGAAGCUGAAACUAGUAGUAACUGCUGCUGCUCCGAUAUCUCCAUCUGUCCUAAUGUUCCUCAGAGCAGUCUUUGGUUGUCAUGUAAGUGCUGAAUUCUGAAGGGGCUGUGUUGGU